AUGGAGAAAACUAUAAUCUUCGACUUUAAUCUCACUCUCCCCAUCACUGGCGAAUUACUGCUCCUUAUGAACAGUGUGAGAGACACAUCAAAGGAGGUGAAAGAGGCGCAAGCCGCAGCCAUGCUGAGCGCGGUGAGGGCAGAGAUGUCAUGGGCACUGAAUCAGAUGAAGAGGGAGGUGAUUAUGGAUUUGGAGGUGAAGAUGGUUGGGGUGGAGACCAUAAAGGCCAUUGACUCAGAGAUUGCGGCCCUCACCUUGGAGAUUAUGAAAAACGAUAUCGACAAGAAACUACUGGUGUCUUGUGACCAUUUUGGUGUUUCUCUUCUUCCUCUCUCUCUCUCACAGUGGUUUGUGAAUGAAGGGUAA